AUGCCAUCAUCGUUUAAUGAUUAUUAUGAUGGGAGUAAAGUGUUUUUAUUCUUAUCCAAUAGAAUCGGUCUUCCAAUUGACCUAGUUAAUUUUUUGAUCGCACAAAUAGCUGCACUGUGCCUAGCAAGACUAUUUCGGAAACCAUUGAGAUAUGCUUCGUCAGAAUUUCGUCAUAUGGUAUGCCUUGUUAUAGGUUUGCUUAUGGGAUAUUUCUGCUUUGGAAAACAAGCAAUACACUUAUCUGUACUACCGAUGAUUACUUAUGUUCUAUUCAAGACUAUUUCACAACAUUUAAUAGGAAAUAUAGUUUUGGCAGUAUCUAUGGUAUAUCUAUCAUGCAUACACCUGCAUCGACAAAUUUACCACACUGCAGACUACACUCUUGAUAUAACAGGACCGCUAAUGGUGAUAACUCAAAGAGUGACGUCAUUAGCGUAUUCAUUGCAAGACAGUCAUACGAGGAAAGAUAAUGCAACCUCUUCUGCUAUCGAAAUCAGAAAUGGGAUAGAAAAGAUACCGUCGCCCCUCGAAUACUUCGCGUAUACGCUAGCAUUUCAGACACUGAUGUGUGGACCAGUUGUUUUUUAUCCUGACUACAUUAAUUUCAUUGAAGGUGUUCGAGUGAACGGGAUGGAAAAAGAUUCAACGAAUAUAUCCGAACCUUCGCCGCGUAGAGCGGUGGUUUACAAGGUAGCUGGUUCUGUCGGCGCUGCUUUGCUGUACUUGUCCUUAGCUAAAAAAUAUCCAAUUAAGGCUCUAGAAGGUUUAGUGGAUCCAACUUCCGAGGUAUCACGAUCGUGGUCCGCAGUAUAUUUACUAUGGUACGCCUAUCUUUCAACCCUCGUGGUGAGGUGCAAGUAUUACCACGCUUGGCUCCUUUCUGAAGCUAUUUGCAACAACUCCGGCAUGGGUUUUAACGGUUACGACAAUGAUGGUACACCGAAAUGGGACAAGAUGUCAAAUAUUGAUGUUUUUGGAUUUGAAUUUGCAGGUAAUCUGCGUAACGCUAUUGCAAGCUGGAAUAAAAAUACAAACACUUGGUUGCGUACCGUUGCCUACGAACGUGGAGGUAGUGCCUGGCGUACUGAACGGGUAUAUGGACUAUCCGCCAUUUGGCACGGUUUCCACCCUGGCUAUUAUAUGACGUUCUUCGCUGGAGCAGUCUUCACCGUUGCUGCUAAAAAGGUUCGCGCCUGUGCCCGGCCUUUCUUCCUGGACAGCCCACUAAAGAAGCUUUUUUACGACUCGCUCACGUUUCUUACGACACGUGUAGCGAUGGCGUACGCCACUGUGCCUUUUGUGCUCCUACAUUUGUCCCCGAGCCUCGCUUUUUACGGCCGCUUAUAUUAUUCCCUGCACUUGUUGGCGUUGGGAGCUCUUUUCCUACCGAAGACAACUCGACACGCUUCACAAAACACUGAACAUGCAAACAAGUCUAACUUUGACAAAGUAGGGACGACGAACGGUGAAGCUAAUGACCCAGAGUGGUUUUUCGGGCUAAAACUAUUGCGUCAAUCAGUUGAGGUAUAA